ACUGUCCUUCACGUUUCCCUGGGUUACCAUCAACAAGUCCGUUAGCCCACUGUAGCUGUAUGACAGUGUGCCUUUAGCUAUAGUUAGUUAUAGUUAGCUAUAGUACCAUUUAUGAACAGCUGUAUUGUAUUUAUUGAAGCAGGCAGCAAUCAUGGGGCGACCAAACUUUGCAUAGUGGUAAUGUAGCUAUAAUGGUAACGUUAGCACAGGAGGCUUAGUGGCUAGCUACACAUUAACGUUAGCUAGGAUGCUAAUGCUAAUCAGACGAACGUGUUUAUAGUUUUCACAAUGGCGAAUCAGGAGUCUACGACACUGGCUUACAAGAAAAGCCCGAAAACAUCGAGGAGGACAACAUUUCAGGAUGAACUUCAGGCUGCUCUCUCUGCCCGGGCAAGCAAAACAAAAACAGACCAAUACUCCUACUCUGAUGACUUCAAUGAAGAUGAAGAUGAUUUUUUGAAUAAACUCCUCAAAUCAAGAAAACAGAGGGCUGGCUCUUUUAAGACUGGGAAGAGUAAAGGCAAAAUCAACAACUUUGAGAUUUCAGACGAUGAAGCCAAACAUGGCAAAACAAAGAGAGUUUCGUUUCUGAAAACCCAAAGAAUCAGCUCUCCCUCAGAAGACACAACGGUAUCACAUGAAAACGAGUCGCCUGACUCUUCCGACGGUCGACACAACAAUUAUAAUAACUCCUUUUCCUCACAGCAGUCCACAAAUGUCGGUGAAGAUGACAUACGAUUUGGUGUGGAGUCUACUGAUCCUCAAAUCACAAGAGAGAGCUCUAGUAAAUCUCUGUCAUACCAAAUGUCAGGUGAUACUCUACUGGACAUGCCUUUGCCUUUACCAUCUGACAGCAGUGUCAUUGAAACUCCGGGGCCAGAGGAGAAGAGCAACUCUGUUCUGGAAGAAGGCUCCCAGAUUUCAGAGUUAUCAGAAACUGACCUCAAACACAUGUCCUCUGCAGAUAGCGCUAUGGAGAGAGAGCCACCCAGGCCUAAACCGAGGCAAAGGACUCUUGGACUCAGCCUUCACGCUACGGAGAAGAUAGCCGAAGAUGCUGAAUCUCAGGAUCUCAGCAGGCCACAGACCUCCUCUGCAUCCAUUCCCCUCUCCACUGACACAUCCACAAACAUCGCUUGGACAGAAGGAGAUCAUGCAGUUUCACGUAGCCUCAGCAAAUCCUCUUCUAGCAAGAGUGAACAGUCGCUGCUCUUCACCAAAUCCACAGUUGAUUCUGGAUCCAGAGAUAGCUUUAAUUCUGAUGGCAGCAAAGAGCAGGAGAGAAAUUAUUCCACAUCAUUUGAAGAGUUUAAUGGAGACUCGAGAGAUGUCCAUGAAAAAUCAAUUGAUACCAGGGCAUCAAGUUCUCAGUCUAAGACCACCCAGAGAUCUCAGAGCGUGUGCUCCAAGAAAGUGGAAUCAAAGUAUUUGGGAACUCUCAAAGUUCUCGAUCGUAAAGUCUCUCUACAGGAGUCUCAGCCACAAGAGGCAGAUUCACUCAGAGCUGCCAUUUACCAGGAAUGGCUUCAAAAGAAAAAGGAAAAGUCAAGAGAAAACAUGGAGCUAAAGAAGAAAGAGGAACUCCUGAAAGAAAAAAAGAAAAGGGAAGAAGAAGCUAAAAAGGAAGAUGCUGUUGCAUCAUAUGAGGCUUGGAAAGAAAAGAAAGCAGAGAGUCUCAAAGCAAAAGCCAAAGAAAAGCAAGAAAUGCUAUUGAAAGAGCAAAAAGCGAUUGAAGACAAAGAAGAAAAAAGGCAAACUGCUAAGCAGGUGUUUGAAAAAUGGAAACGUGAGCACGAUCUAGUCCUCAAAGAAAAGUACAGAGAACAGAGAGAAGCUAUACGUAAACUGGAGUUAAAAAAACAAGAAAAGGAGGAAGAAAGACAGAGAGAAAGCAAAUCUGCUUUUUCUAACUGGCGCGACAAGAAGAAGGACGUUCUCCAUGAAAAAGUCAUGAUGGAGCGUAAAGAAAUUAAAAACAAAGCAGAGGAGGAACGAUACAUGAAAGAGGAGAGAGAUAAAAUAGCUUUAGAGAUGUAUGAAAACUGGCUGGCACGGAAAGAUCUAGAGCAGAAGAGACAAAGAGAAGAAAGACGAAUACAAGCCAUACUCCAAGACAGUCCACCUCCGCCAUGGAGCCCUCCUAAUAAAACUAUACCGUUUGGAAAAUAACA